AUGCUCAAGCUGCUCUUCCCCCUCCUCCUCGCCACCACCGCCCUUGCCCACGGCGACCACUCCUUCGACCUCGCAGACGACGCAGACCACGCCCUCUCCUAUGCCGAGCGACAUAUGCACACCGAGCACCACAUCGAUUCAUUCGACCUCGAAUCAUUCUUCAAACUCCAUGAUCUCGAUAUGGACGGGUUCUGGGAUGUGCCCGAGAUACAGGCAGUCUAUGGCCUGCGCCAUCAUUCCAUAAAAGAAAAGAUCGGCAAGGUCGAGAUGGUCGAUGAGCGGGCAAAGAACAUUGUCAGAAGAGUGCUCGAAGCGCUCGACAAGGAUGAAGAUGGCAAGAUAUCGCUCCUGGAAUUCAUGCUGGGCGGUACAGGCGGACUACCGUCAUUUGAUGGGUACAAGGACCUUGGCCACCACUACGAUGAGGAAUCUGAAUACUUUUUGCAUCACGAAGAGCUGUAUCACUCCACACCUGAAACCCAGACUGACGAUUCCUACUCUCACCCCGAAGAUAUCCAGCAUUUCAGACACCACGCCGAGAUUGAAGACGAAGAAGAUUCCCGUGAACGCAAAUUCGAAGGCCUGGGCAACGACGCCAACCUGGAGAAAGACCACGUCGCCGCCGACCCUCUAGAUCACCACGCCCACGCCGCUGGGGAAGGUCCUCCCGCCGACGACAUUCCUCCCCUCGCCGAGGGCGAAGAAAACCUCAAGCCGGGGGAUGAAGUGGAACAUUCUGCGCCCAAGCCUAUCGUUCCCAAGAGGGUGGACCCUGGCGCGGCGCCGCAGAGGAUCUUGGAUGGCGGAAAGGUGGGAGAUCUUGAAGGGCUGAAGGAGGUGGCGGCGGGACAGCCUGGGUAUGGGGGUGGUAGGCCCAGGACCCCGGAGGAGCGGUUGAGAUCUGGUGUUCCUUACAAGUACAAGAUGAAGAAGGGUCUCCGUUACGAUGAAUUCUAG